CUCAGUGAGGUCUUCCCUGCCUUCGUGUCUUCCACAUCCUAAACUCUCGGAAAUUACCUGGUGUACUUUUGUCCUCUUUCGGCUUGUCUGUGUUGCAGCAGGCUGAGAGCGUUAGGUGGGCCACUUUCCCUGCAGCGUCACCCAGUGAACCGGUACACACGGCUGCCCUCUCUUCUGAGGGAAUCACUUGCCCAUGCGCUUGACUUCAGGGGCCCGCCCCCUGGCCUUGGGGUCAUUCGAGGUGCUAGGCAGCAUGGACUCCGGCUGGCUCCCUGGCCCAGGGCCACACUUCUCCAGUCUUUGUUCUCCUUUUCCAGUGCUGGUCUUGCUCUUUCCUGCUCUGUCAGUGAACAGUUACUGAGUACCUGUGAUGUGCCAGCCCUGACCACAUGGCAGAGGCAGUUGGCACAGGGAAGGAUCGAAUCAUAUUUGUGACCAAAGAGGACCACGAGACUCCAAGCAACGCAGAGCUGGUGGCCGACGACCCCAAUGACCCGUACGAGGAGCAUGGACUGAUCCUGCCAAACGGAGACAUCAACUGGAACUGCCCGUGCCUUGGGGGGAUGGCCAGUGGCCCAUGCGGGGAACAGUUCAAGGCGGCCUUUUCCUGCUUCCACUACAGCAAGGAGGAUGUCAAGGGGUCGGACUGUGUGGGCCAGUUCCGGGCCAUGCAGGAGUGCAUGCAGAAGUACCCAGACCUCUACCCCCAGGAGGAAGAGGGGGAGGAGGAGGAGAGGCCAGCAGAUCCCUCACAGGAAGCAGCUGCCUCCGAGGCCAGCGCAGCCAAAGAGGCGGCGGCGUCGAGCUAAUGAUGGCCGGGGCGCCGGGCUCCAGCCGCCUUCAGAGCCCAGACGAACCUCUCCAAGAAAGUGUCUUUCCCUCCGUUGUUCCGUGCACUGUAAUGUACAAAAUAAGUUAUUGUGCUGAUCGGGGGUCUUGGCCCCUUGUCGUAUUUACACUGAAAAAUGGGGUUGUGUGUAUGUGUGUCUCACAUGAACCUGUUGGUGAAUACAGCUGCCACUUUUUUGAGUUCUCAGAUUGUCCUGAACUUUGCCACCUGGAAAUGACGUGCUGAAUCAUCUCAGCAACCGCAAAUCACUAUCUGGGAGGCACUCUUGUGAGUGAGCUGAUUUGUUUUGAUUCUUUGUGUUCCUUUUAGUAGAUUUUAUACCCAGUUGGAAAGUGAAAUAGAAACAAAACGUUUUCCCUUACAAAUGCUGGGGUGGGGCCAUUCCUUGUAAGCAGAGGUGAGAUGAUCAGGCCUCGAGUAUUUGAGGAGGCGCUAUGCUUCAUUUCCGGUUCCUUCUGGUUUCCAGUUUUGCCUUGAGCUCCAGGUUUUCUGCGGUUAGAAAGCAGAGCUUUGGACCCUCUGAGUGAAUCCCUGUGUAAGUGAAAAGAAGGGCUGAUUUUUGAUGUUCUUGUUAUUCCCAAAGCUCUGCUCUGGGACCGUGUUCACACUGGUUCUGUCUCAGCCUGUCCAGAUGCAGCGCUCCUGAGAGGUGGGGACCUAAUCAUUACCAGAGUGGGAGGCAAGAGAGCAAACUGUCAAUUAAAAGGAAAACAUGGUUUUUACCUGA